AUGGCUUCUAGUAACGAUGUACAUUCUGAUGUGGAAAAGGCCUUAAAAGGUGCAAACAUUAAGUUAUUAUUAAUUGAUUUUGAUGGUACAUUAUUUGUUGAUAAGGAUAUAAAGGUGCCCGAUGUAAAUAUUGAAGCCAUAAAAGAAGCUAUUGAAAAAGGUUAUAUGGUUAGUAUAUGUACAGGAAGAUCAAAGGUAGGUAUAUUAAGUGCUUUUGGCGAGGAGAAUUUAAAAAAAAUGAAUUUUUAUGGAAUGCCAGGUGUAUAUAUUAAUGGUACGAUAGUUUAUGAUCAGAUAGGAUAUACCUUAUUAGAUGAGACAAUAGAAACAGAUGUAUAUGCUGAAUUUAUUAAUUAUCUUGUAGAAAAGAAUUUAGUUAAUCAAACUAUAUUUCAUAGAGGUGAAUCGAAUUAUGUAACUGAAGAUAAUAAAUAUGCUGACUUUUUACAAAAAAUGUAUAGUGAAAAUAGAAGUAUUAUAAUAAGACAUAAUGAAAUAUUAAAAUAUAGAACAAUGAAUAAACUUAUGAUUGUUUUAGAUCCUUCAGAAUCGAAACAAGUUAUUGGAGAUUUAAAAAAAAAAUUUGCAAGUAAAUUGACUAUAUUUACAACAUAUAAUGGACAUGCAGAAGUUACCAAAUUAGGACAUGAUAAAUAUACAGGAAUUAAUUAUCUCUUAAAACAUUAUAAUAUAUCGAAUGAUCAAGUUCUAGUUGUAGGGGAUGCUGAAAAUGAUAUAGCCAUGUUAUCGAAUUUUAAAUAUUCAUUUGCUGUAGCCAAUGCAACAGAUUCUGCAAAAGCACAUGCAAAAUGUGUCCUUCCAUUGGCACAUAAAGAUGGAGCAGUUGCAUACUUAUUAAAAAAAGUAUUUGACUUGAAAAAAAAAUAA